CGCAAAAUGUUCAAUUGGAACGUUUUUGGAAGCUGUAUCCCUUGAAUACUUAUAAUGAUGCAUGAUGCGGGGUGAGUAUUGAUGCAGUAACUCGUGGAAGGCCGGUAGUGGAGAAGCUCCAGAGCCCUGCAUAACAGCUUGAUUAUUCCCUAGCAUCGCGGACCCUUCACUUGCAAGAGUGGUCUAUAUCUUUUAUUUUUCUGGAGUAGUCAAAUCAAGAAUCUUGCAUUAUUACCUUCGACAUGUCGACCAUCCAGAAAUUCGACCCGUUGGGCCUCUUCAAUGGCGCACCUCUGAUGUCCCAAGUUGUCCGAGCGAAUGGUAUGGUCUACACAGCGGGACAGGUUGGUGCCGAUAGCCACGGCUACGUCCCACCAGCCUACGAAGACCAGAUACCACUUGCAUUGGAGUGCCUGAGAAAGUGUCUCGAAACAGCAGGCGCAAAGAUCGAAGACAUUGUCCAUCUUCGAUAUUAUAUCGUCGACUAUGAUCCAACUCUGAAAUCCCAAUCACAUUACAAACACUUGCUGAAGUUCUUGAAUGGCCAUCGACCAUGUACAACUCUUGCACCUGUGCCUGCUCUAGCGAAGCCAGAGUACAAGUUCGAGAUCGAGGCUGUGGCUGUUGCUUCGGCAAUGCCUGCCCAGGUCCAGGAUACGAGCGUAGAUGUCGUUGUUGUCGGAGCUGGAUUGAGUGGUCUUGAAGCAGCUCGAAACAUUCAAGCUGCAGGGCUAUCAGUGCUGGUUUUGGAAGCUCGGGAUAGAGUUGGAGGGAAGACUUGGAGUCAAAACACUGAUGGUAGAAGCAAAGUGGAUGUGGGAGCAGCUUGGAUCAACGAUUCGAACCAGAGCCGAAUGUGGGCAAUGGCUCAGAAGUAUGGUCUGGAAACUGUGAAGCAGAAUACGGUUGGCGAUUGUAUUCUCUAUGAAGAGGAAACAGCUCAUAGGUUUCCAAAUGGUGAAACAGCACCAUUUCCAGAUGGUGGGCAAGAAGAAGUUGCAACUCUGAGGGAUUAUCUGGAUAAGCUAUCACUGGAACUUGAGAUCGAAACUCCAACAAAUGGGGACGCAGUACGGACAAAACAAUAUGACAGCGAGACAGUUGAAGAGUUCGUCAAAAGAGAAGGAUUUGGCAAAGCAGCUCAAGCAGCUGUGGCAGUCUGGUGUCGUGUCAUGUUCGCACUAGAGGCAUCAGAAUUGAGUGCCCUAUACUUUCUGUGGUAUGUUAGAUCAGCUGGAGGACUCCUUGUCACCCGAGGGGAGAAGAAGCAUGGAGGACAAUACUUGAGGAUGAGAGAUGGAACGCAAUCUUUCUCCAAGCAUCUUGCGGCAGGAUUGAAGCUUGGCACAGUCCGAUUGAACACACCAGUGAAGAAGAUCAAACAAAUUGGCAACAGUGUCACCGUUGAAGCUGGAAAUGGACUUGAGAUUGCCUGCAAGCGGGUCAUUAUAUCAGUUCCGACGCCUUCUUACAGAUGGAUUUCCUUUGAGCCUCCGCUCCCAGAGGCGAAACAGCUUCUCAGUGAGCGGGUCAACUUUGGACACAACGUCAAGGCAAUCGUCGUCUAUUCGAUGCCGUGGUGGAGAGAUUAUGGGCUUUGCGGUUUUGCUCAAUCCUCAGCCGGACCCAUCUCGGUCUGUCGAGAUACCAGUGUCGACCCAGACGGCCAAUACUCAUUGACCUGUUUCGUAUCCUCAGAACCUGGUAAACGUUGGAUCAAGCUGAACAAGGAAGCUCGAAAAAGCAGUGUGGUAGAGCAGAUAGCGAAGAUGUUCGGUCCAGCAUGUGCAGUGAAAAGUACUAACCCCACCACGUUGGAUGAAGUCAUGAGCAUCGCUCGCAAUCCCGCAGAAAUAUACUACCACGAUUGGACUGCGGAUGAAUGGAGUCAAGGCUGUCCUUGCCCAGCACUUCCUCCUGGACCGAAUGGAAUUUUGGACCUUGCCAGUGCUCUUGAAGAGUCUGUUGGUAAUCUGCAUUUUGCAGGUACUGAGACUUCUAAUAUUUGGAGAGGUUACAUGGAAGGCGCAGUGAGAUCUGGGGAGCGCGCAGCAGAUGAAGUGUUGAGCGCAAUAGGAGUAAGAGUCUCGGCUAAGAUAUGAAAUUGAAGUUGGAAAGAGUGAUGUUGGCUGAGCCAGAAUUAUAUCGAGGUUUGGAUUGGUCUCAAGUUAAUCAAUUGGAGUUAAGUAAGAAAGUGAAUAUAGCCAGCCAAAUGCCCGAAAAUGGUUACUUCAAGUGAAGAAAUCGACCGAUUAUGAGGUGUGUGAAUAGCACUACUCACCUCAAAUGUUACCACCAACUUGCAUCUGCGACCUCACAUCUCGCCAGUUUCAAGAACCGCGGCUGCUCUCUUGACGAAUGAUUCAACUACCGAUCAUGAAACAAAUGGUUAUUCCCAUACUAGUAGCGCUUAAAUCGAGGAGUCUGCUUUGCAGAGCUGAAUUCCCUGUUGACUUGCAUCACUCUGUUCUCUUGACACGUCUACUGGUAGUAUAACCACUUGUCUGACAAGCACGUGCAUUAUUUCCUCAAUGGCAGAGAACCUUCUGAGUACACACAGCAGUGGU